AUGGCAGCAAUGGAAGAGCUUGAGGUGCACAGCAAGUCGUACUUUGUCCGCUGGGUCCCCGUCAAAUCCGACCAUACCAUCUCCUGGAGUAUUCAGCCGCACAAGAAAUCGCUCAAUUUCGGUAUCUUCAAGCAUCCCGGCCAAUCCGGCGUUCUCAGCACCCCUAACCUGUCGAGCGAUACCCCGAGCAAUGAUUCAAGUGAGAACCUCGCAAAUGGAAGCUCACGGAAUGCCUCUUCUUCUCUUAUCGAGAAGUUGACCGCAAUGGGAUUGAAGCAGAUCCGCUGGGUCGGUAAAUGCGAGGCGGACAAGAUCGUUCAGGGAACCUAUGAUGUGCCUGCUAACGAGGGCGGCAACUAUGCGCUCGUCUUCGACAACACGUUUUCAAAGCAGAUUUCGAAGACCGUGACUCUUGUCCUGCUGACCUAUCCGACUGCGUUGCCUCCGCAAUCCGUCCCUACUCCCCAUGCUUCCAAUCAGUCUACACCAGGGGAGACCAGUGAGAUCGGAAAAGCUUCAGUGUCGCGAAGGCGGGGUAACAGCCUCCUUGUCAGAAUGCCGCCGCAGAUCCAAGUUCAAGAGGAGAGCGAUUCGGCGACAACGAUACACACCGGGCUUCUGCUUAAGCGUCGCCGUAAGCGCCAUCAAGGGUGGGCGCGGCGGUUCUUUUCGCUCGACUUUACAUCGUCUACGCUAUCCUAUUUCCACGACCCAAAUUCCGCUACUCUCCGUGGUUCGAUUCCCUUGAAUCUAGCGGCGGUGGCUUGCAAUGAGAAGUCACGGGAGAUUUCGAUCGACUCCGGGACAGAAGUCUGGCAUCUCCGCGCGCGCAACGACGCUGAAUUCGUGGCGUGGAAGCGCGUGUUGGAGAAGGCAUCAUCUUCCAAAAACGCCGCAGAAGAUGACCACGGUCACUCGCCGAAGCACUUGCACCCACAUACGGCACUCCGACUCCCGGCGCAGCGCUUCCUGACGAACGCAGCCGAAGAGCGCGAAUGGACGCAGGUUGCGAGCCUGGUCAGCCGGGUGUCGGAAUCCCGUGAUGCUGUCCGGCGCCUAGCCAAGGACACCGAUCCCAAGUACAUCAGCCCCAACCCGCCGCCAUCCCGUGGGCGGUCCGGAAGAUCUCCUAGUCCUCACCCCGCGGAGACGAAUGGCGAUGAGAAGCGGUCGUUCUGGAAGCGCAAGACUUCUAACCCAGCGUCUAAAUUGUCUGCGCCCAGCGACACUUCGGUUGAGCGCAAACCCGGUGGCUUUUCCAAUACGGAGCAAGCCAGCGACGUGCACGAUGGCCUCAUGGCUCUAUUGCAUAACCUAGACCAAGUCGUCAGCGAAUUCUCGCUCUUGAUAACCGAAAGCCAGCAACGCCGUCACCCCCCAGAGCCCACCGCUGCGUCUCGCUUGAGUGUGGAAUCGGACAGGUCCGAGGAGUUCUUUGACGCCGUCGAUGGCGAUUCGCCAUUACUUACGAUCAAGAGCGACAGCGAUGAUGAGGAAGAUACAAUCGCAGACGGCUCCGCAGAUGUCACAGCCGACGAUGCCCUCUCCGACAGCGACGAAGACAUCUCUGAGCCCGGCGCAAGCACAGGCGCCGCGCACGACCAGUAUUCUCGAUUAUUCCCAGCACGGCCCAAAUCGCUCACUCCGCUCCCGCUGGAUACUGUCUCUCGCCGGAACAACAUCCCCGCCCCGACGGUGAUGCCCCCCAGUUUGAUUGGCUUCCUCCGCAAGAACGUCGGGAAGGACCUAUCCCAAAUUUCCAUGCCCGUAUCAUCCAACGAACCCCUCUCCCUCCUCCAGCGGGCCGCCGAGAUCAUGGAAUACUCCUCCAUCCUUGACAAAGCUGCGCAGCUCCCAGACCCCAACGACCGCCUCCUCCAUAUAACCGCCUUCGCCCUCUCCUCCCUCUCCUCCAACCGCGUACGCGAGCGCGCCAUCCGCAAACCAUUCAACCCCAUGCUCGGCGAAACCUUCGAACUUGUCCGCGAAGACAUGGGCUUCCGCUUCAUCGCCGAGAAAGUCUCCCACCGGCCCGUCCAACUCGCCUACCAAGCCGACAGCAAAGACUGGUCUCUCACACAGUCCCCGCGACCCUCGCAGAAAUUCUGGGGCAAGUCCGCCGAAAUCGUCACAGAAGGCAAGCUCCGCAUCACCCUCCACCCAACAGGCGAGCACUUCUCCUGGGUUCCGGCGACCUCGUUCCUGCGGAACAUCAUCGCCGGAGAGAAAUACGUCGAGCCCGUCGGCGAAAUGACCGUCCUUAACGAGACCUCCGGCGCUCGCACAGUCUCCACCUUCAAGGCAGGCGGGAUGUUCUCCGGCCGGUCCGAAGAAGUAACCACAAAACUCAUCGACCCCUCCGGCCGCGAAUCCGCACUCGGCCUCGCAGGGACAUGGACAGGAACCCUGCAGUCGACACGCAACGGCUCCGCAUCCGCAACCCUCUGGACGGCCGGACCCCUCGUCCACAACGCACCGAAACACUACGGCCUAACGACCUUCGCCGCCUCCCUCAACGAGAUCACUCCAAUCGAGAAGGAGAAACUCCCCGCCACAGACUCCCGCCUCCGUCCUGACCAGCGCGCCCUAGAAGACGGGGACGUCGAUCGCGCCGAGGAGGUGAAAGUACAACUCGAAGAAGCGCAGCGCGCGCGAAGACGCGACAUGGAAGCGAGCGGCGAGAGCUGGGAACCACGAUGGUUCUCGAAGGUUGACGAAGCGCCGGAGGGCGAGCCCGUUUGGAGGCUUAAGCCAGGCAAGGAAGGGUAUUGGGAGGAGAGGGUCAAAGGGAGUUGGGGGAGUGUCCUGCCAGUUUUCCAGACUUGA